UUUUUUGCCAGUCGUUACAGUAAUAUACCGGAAGAGGCCAAUGGGCGCAUGCCGUUCUGGGGUAAAUCGACAUCACAGAGUUUAUUUUGUUAUCAGUAACUGUUACCUCUCGCCGGUAGUCGAGUAAAAUAUGUUAAUAAACAUGUCACCGUGCGGCUCAACUAUGGAAGAACAGCUUUCGUCCAUAAUGGACGUGCUUGCGAAAGCGGCUGUAUCUGAAAUUAGCCAACUGUUCUCGGAAGGGUCGGCUACUCUUCAGUUACAAAUAACUCGGAGCCGCGAAGAAAACGAAGCGCUGAGGACGAGAAUGAAGGAGAUGAGGAGUGAGCUGUUUUCUUUGCGACUUCAGACAAGAUCGAAAGCAUCGGGUGAAGCAAGUCGUUUUGCCCUGGCUCGAGACAACAUCGGCAAACCACGGACUACAUCACAGGGAAAUGAAUCAUCAUCAUCAGGCCUGAAGCCCCUGAUAUACCACAAGGCGGUUGGACAUUCCCCUUUUCAUUCACCAUCCAAAAGUGUGGAGUCGUCAGUUACAAGUCCAGCAGAGGAGACCCCCGGAAUAAUUUUAAUCAAGAUUGAAGAAGAUAUCAGUGGAUGCAGGCCAGCAGAAGACAACAAUGCCUUUGGAGGCCGAAGCAUGCAGAGCGCAGCGGCCUCUGAGUUUCUACAUGUGGUCGCCCCCGGCUCCUCCCACGUGUCCUGUCAAAACGCGGAGCUGAGGAUCCUGAGUGUCCACGGACUGGCCGUGGAAGGCCAUGAAACCCUGUUCAACGUGUCCGAAUUGGAGGCCCUAAACUCGCUGUCUGCAGACUGCAGCGUGGCCAAGAGCCUGGACUGUGGCGAGCGGUUGGAUUGCCGCAAGGAGCUGGCUGUGCAGAAGGAGACCCCAGACAACAUUUUGAUCAAGGUGGAAGAGGAUAUUGGUGGAAGCAUCCCACCUGUAGAAGACUGCAUUGACAUUAGAGACUGCAGCACACAGCCUGGCGCCACCUCGGAUAGUAUGCAUCCGGACGCCCCUGGCUCUUCCCACAUGUCCAGUCACAAGUUCAGUCGAGUUCACUCCCUGGAGAAGCCCUACAGGUGUGACCAAUGCAUGAAGGGCUUCAAACGGAGCUACGACCUGAAGAUCCACAUGAGGAUUCACUCUGGGGAGAGGCCUUACAAGUGUGAGCAAUGCAUGAAGCGCUUCAGUCAAAGCUACAACCUGAAGAUCCACAUGAGGAUUCACUCCAGGGAGAAGCCCUACAGGUGUGAACAAUGCAUGAAGCGCUUCAGUCAGAGUUACCACCUGAAGAUCCACAUGAGGAUUCACUCUGGGGAGAAGCCCUGCGUGUGUCUCCAGUGCAAGGCCAGCUUCAGCGAUCCAAGACAUUUGCGUGAGCACAUGAUCAAUGCACACGGGCAUUGGGGUGAGUUGACACGGGUCAACGGGACGCUUUGAUUGACACCUUUAUCCUGUAUAUGUUCAAAUUACUACUUUAAGGUUUUAUCACGAUUUAAAGACGCUUUCGGAUAUUUCUAAAAUAAAUAUAUAUAUUUCGGCUU